AUGUGGUGUAGUCAUGAGAUAUACCAGAGGCAAAAUGAUGAGAAGAAGACUUGGUUUGAGGCUCGUGAUUUCUGUCAUGUCAUUGGAGGUGACUUGGCAAGCUUCCACUCUCAACGAGAAAUCAACAAGUUACCGUAUAUAAUUGGAGACCCAGCAUGGAUAGGUUUCAGUAUGCUGAAUAGUAAUUCUGGUUUUGUGUGGACUGAUGGAACCCCUUCUGAUUUUGAGAACUGGGGGUUUGGAGAACCAAACAACUACAACAAUCAAGAGCACUGUGCAGAAAGUGGCCUUUAUUAUGGACACAAGUGGAAUGAUUGUGAUUGUGAAUCCUAUAAUAACUGGAUUUGCCAGAUACCAAUAGGCAGAACUCCAAAACCUCCACCAACUACUGGAACUCAGGGCUCUACUUCCCUGGCUGGGGCGGGCUUCUUCUUUGUGGGGAAGAAGGACGGGGGUCUUAGGCCAUGUAUCGAUUACCGGGGCCUCAACAAGAUCAUGGUUCGGAAUCGAUACCCCCUUCCCCUCAUGGCCAUUGCUUUCGAGCUACUACAAGGGGCUUCCAUUUUUACUAAAUUGGAUCUACGCAACGCAUACCAUCUCGUGCGGAUCCAACAGGGGGACGAAUGGAAGACGGCCUUCAACACCCCCACAGGCCACUAUGACUAUCUGGCUCAGUUUCUCGGGUUCAUCAUCACUCCUGGCCAUGUGGAGAUGGACCCUAAGAAGGUUGAAACUGUCCUCAACUGGCCUAUUCCCGGCACAGUUAAGGAGGUUCAACGUUUAAUCGGCUUCGCAAACUUCUAUAGGAGGUUCAUUACAAACUUCAGCUCUGUGGUGGCCUCCUUGACUACGCUGACCAAGGGAGGAGGAAUCAAGAUUCACUGGGGUUCGGAGGCAGCGGGGGCCUUCGAGGAGCUCAAGCACCGCUUCACUUCCGCUCCCAUUCUCUCGAUCCCCGACCCAGAAAGACCUUUCGUGGUGGAGGUGGACGCCUCGGAGGUGGGCGUAGGGGCCAUUCUACCCCCUCCACCCCCCAGGAUCAUCGAUGGCCAGCCAGCCUACACAGUCCGCCGGAUACUGGACUCCCGGAGGGUCCAGAACUCACUGCAGUAUCUGGUGGACUGGGAGGGCUACGGGCCGAAGGAGCGCUCCUGGGUUCCAGCCAAAGACAUCCUGGACCCAAGUUUGAUCCGGGAGUUUCGCACCCGGAGACCCCAUCCACCUCCCAGGAUCAUCGAUGGCCAGCCAGCCAACACAGUCCGCCGGAUACUGGACUCCCGGAGGGUCCAGAACUCACUGCAGUAUCUGGUGGACUGGGAGGGCUACGGGCCGAAGGAGCGCUCCUGGGUUCCAGCCAAAGACAUCCUGGACCCAAUGUUUCGUUUGGGUCCAACAUUACCACUCCCGUGGAUUAGUGGUAGAUCUCUCAACUACCACGCCAGAGACCCGAGUUCAAGCCCGGCUCGUGACAGAAAAACCGAGUCAGCUAUGGACCCAGAAACACUCACCUCAAAGGACCUGUUGGCAGUGAUUGCCCAGCACGAGUCAUCUUUCCAGCGCCAUGAAGCUGUUCUCAGCCAUCAGGAGGAGCUAAUGAGCAAACACUCUCAACUCCUGGCCGAUUGGGAACUGGAAAGGGUGGUGCGAGAGGCUCAAGCCCAAGAGCCAGACCCAGGAGGUGGUCCCGCGGGACACCUGUACGUCCCUCAAUCUGCCCGGGCCCGGGUCUUGCAGUGGGGUCAUGAGUCUCCCUUGACGUGCCAUCCGGGAAAUGCUCGCACUCUUGACUUCCUCCAGCGGCGGUUUUGGUGGCCGUCCAUCAAGGAGGAUGUAAAGGUCUAUGUGGAGGCCUGCCCCGUGUGCAGCCAGGGAAAGUCUACACAUCAGCGACCUCAGGGACUGCUCCAUCCCUUACCCGUUCCCCGUAGGCCAUGGUCGCACCUUUCUCUGGACUUUGUCACGGGACUCCCACCAUCCCAGGGCAACACUGUCAUCGUGGUGGUUGUGGACCGGUUCUCUAAAGCCACCUGGUUCAUUCCCCUGCCCAAAUUACCCCCUCCACCUCCCAGGAUCAUCGAUGGCCAGCCAGCCUACACAGUCCGCCGGAUACUGGACUCCCGGAGGGUCCAGAACUCACUGCAGUAUCUGGUGGACUGGGAGGGCUACGGGCCGUCAGGAGCCGUUCCUAGAGGAGGGGGUCCUAUAUCUAGGAAGUCAGAGAAUCAAUACUACAUUGGGAUGAUGGUGGAAUUGGACAAAUCAUUUAGCUGGGUGGAUGGUUCACCCGUUGUAUAUACGUCAUGGGAUCAAAAUGAACCAAAUUUUGCCAACAAUGAUGAGAACUGUGUGACCAUUUACAAGAGUAUGGGAUUCUGGAAUGAUAUUAACUGCGGUGUGGCAUUGCCCUCUAUCUGUGAAAGAAGUUCUGACUUUGUCAAUGUCACCAUGUCCCCCUCCACUGUGCAACCAGGAGGCUGUACUCCCGAAUGGACCAUGUUUCGAGGCAAAUGUUACAAGCUUUUUAAUAAUAAGAUGACAUGGCACAAUGCUCGGGACCACUGCAUUUUGCAUGGAGGCAACCUGGUGUCCAUUCUGAGUCAGGAAGAGCAAGCAUUCCUUACUACUCUAAUGCUUGGUUCAGAUGAUGAUGUAUGGACUGGAUUGAAUGAUGUCAAUUGGGAGAUGAGAUUUUUGUGGACCGAUGGUAAAGGUGUCACCUACAUAAACUGGGCCAAGGGUCACCCUUCAUCACACCCAGAAGGGCCUUCCAGGAUGUAUGGCUACUUUGAAUCAGAGAUUUUUGACUGUGUUGUCAUGGUUAGAAGCCCAGAAAAGAUGACAGGUGUGUGGAAAGUUAAAGUCUGUGGAGAUCAAAGAGGUUUCAUCUGCAAAAGGAAAACAGACUCUCAGCUUGCUCAUCCUGUGACAACAGCAUUGCCACAACAUUUCUUCACACUGGCAAAUGAUUCAUACAAGGUUCAAAUGGAGAAAAUGAGCUGGGAUGAAGCUAGGAGACAGUGUAAAGCAGAUGAUGCUGACCUUGCCAGUGUGCUUGAUUCCAUCAGCCAGGCUUACACCAUCCUUAGAGUCAGCAAACUUAAGGAGCCUCUGUGGAUCGGUCUCAAUAGCAACCUGACAAGUGGUCGGUACCGCUGGGUGGACAACUGGCUUCUAAGCUACAGUAAAUGGGCAACAGGAGAGCCCAAAAAUAAUUUAGCUUGUGUAUAUAUUGACACGGAUGGUGACUGGAAAACUACUGCAUGCAGCAACAAGUAUUAUUCCCUGUGCAAGCGAUCCACAGACAUUGCUCCCACAGAUCCACCUCAGAUGCCAGGGAACUGCCCUGAUUCAAAGAAGCAUAAAACCUGGAUCCCUUAUAGAGGACACUGUUAUGCCUUCAUGGCCUCUAGGUCUGACAACUGGGCUCAUGCCACAGUGGAAUGCAUGAGAAUGGGAGCAUCACUGGUGAGUAUCGAAGACCCAAUAGAAUCCAUGUUUAUUAAUCGGAAUAUUGAGAUCAUGCAGGAUGGAAUCAAAUCAUUCUGGAUUGGCAUGCACCGCAGUCAUAUGGGAGAAUGGAUGUGGAUUGAUAAUAUGGUGGUAGAUUACACCAACUGGAAACCCCAGAUGCCCAGUGAUUUUGGUAGCUGUGUGGAAGUCCAGUCAAACACUGGUAUGUGGAGUACCACAAACUGCAAUUCUUACAAGCCUUACAUUUGCAAGACUGCAAAAGUUAUACCACCAACAGAGAAACCAUCAAUACCACUCACUGUGGUGGAAGAGGCCCCUCAUGGCUCUGCUGGUAUCGCAGUAGGGGUUGUCUUUGUCAUCAUUGCUAUGGCAGGGCUUGCCACAUUUUUGUUUUUUAAGAAAAUCCCUAGGCCUGUGAUUGGAGCAUGUACGUUUGACAACAGACUCUACAUAAAUUCUGACCUGAUACGGUCUCCUGCCACAAUUGAUACAAAGGGACUUGUUGCAAAUAUUGAACAGAAUGAGCAUGCCUAACACAAACAUACACACUUUCACAUACAGAUACAAAUGUACAUGCAUACACACCCCUCACUAUGACAGUAGAGGAAGUGACCCUAUUAAAGCCCCUCCAAAUGUAAGUUUUAAAAUUGAGCAUACAGUACUUUAUAAAUCUGGGGAGGGCUUAUAAAAUACAUGUGUAUCAUUUAAGCCCACCUGUGUUCCAGAUGAGCCCACCGUGUGUUUAUGUGUGAAUGCUCUUUAUUUUAUAAAAACAUUUUUGAUCUGUCAUUCCAACUAAUUAAAGAACUUAUGAUAGUAGACAAACGUGGACUACACUUUUAGAUAGAGUUAAAGAAGUCUGUACAGUCUAACACUUUUUGUAUAUGAAUGUUUCCUCAAUUAUAUAAUAGUUCCUGUAACCUAUUCUUGCUUUAUAAACAUCUGCAAUCUUUCUUUUCUCUCUCCUUUCUUUGAAUAAACAUGUAU